UCCUGGACACAGUGAGACUUGCUUCAGAGCAGCGCCACUGGCUUAGGAGUCCUGUUCACUUAAACCUAUCCCAGUGGAUAAUGGCUAUCUCUGCCUUACAAAUUGCUGGACUUGUGCUUGGUGGUAUUGGCCUGGUGGGGGCAUUGGCUGUCACUGUCAUGCCUCAAUGGAAAGUGUCUGCUUUCAUCGGAAGCAACAUUGUAACUGCUGAAAACCAGUGGCAAGGACUGUGGAUGAGCUGCAUACGGCACAUGAACAUCCGGAUGCAGUGUAAAGUCUAUGAUUCCCUGUUGGCUCUUCCUCAGGAUUUGCAGGCGUCCAGAGGACUGAUGUGUACUGCAACGGUGGUGUCCAUCCUGGCGUUCAUGACGGCCAUUCUCGGCAUGAAGUGCACCCAGUGCACUGGUGAGGAUGAGAAGGUGAAGAGUUACAUCAUGCUGACGUCUGGCGUCAUGUUCAUUGUCUCAGGCAUUUUGGUGAUCAUCCCUGUGAGCUGGGUCGCCAACAGCAUCAUCAGAGAUUUCUACAACCCAAUACUGGAUAUGGAAUUGAAGCGUGAGCUUGGAGAAGCCCUCUACCUAGGCUGGGUCACGGCAUUGGUGCUGAUUCUGGUAGGGGCGCUCUUCUGUUGUGUCUGCUGCUGCACUGGGAACAAGGUCAGCUACCGAUACACGAUGCCCCAUCCUCGCACCACUCACAAAAGUUCUUAUACGGAGAAGAAGUCUCCAAGUGUGUACUCUAAAAGUCAGUACGUAUAGGUUCGUAUUUCUCUUUUCUUGACUUUAUCUGUGAAGCCAUGCAGAUGAAUAAAAUGCCCAUGACAAUACAAACUAUGGAACCUCAAAGGACAUUGAUUUGACAUUGUUGUCUGCCUACUAUUAAUCACAGCAACUGCGUAUUGGAUCUAUGAUUCUAGAAGCUACUGUAGCAGAAUGAGAUAUUACACACAUGUCUGAUUGUUGUUAGACACUCUAGGAAUUUGUUUUCUAAAUGAGCUUUCACAUCUAUUCUUUGUCGUAGUUGCUUCAAAUGACAUUGCUGAAGAGUGUAUUCUGUUACAGCGGUGGCUUCUCUAUGACACAGCAUUGUGUAUGUAGAUGGGCAUGAGGUUUAUAUCUCACGUAGACACAGACUUCUAUGGUUCUAAUGAAAAUGAAAUACUGAUCCAUUACACUGAAUAAAUAGAGCUCAGAUAUUUUGUCCAGGGGAAUCUGGGAUAAGACUGAAGAAGGUUAGUAUUUAAUUGUUUAAAAACAGCUUAGCCAUUAAUGUACUUCAUUUAUAAUGAAGGUUAAAAUGAAGGCUUUAAUCAGCAAUAGAAAGGAAACUAAAUGGCUUUCUGAUAUCCGGUGUUUCAGGGCAGGAGUUACAAAUUCUAACUCCUUUAUCCUCUUUCCCAAAGGCCUUUCUUUCUUGUAUAUUAAAUUAACAUCUUUUAUGAGGAAGAUAUAUUGUCAAGGGGCUUUGCAUUCAAACUGUUGUCCCAGAACUGUGUUAGGAAGAAAGAUAAAACUGGUCGAAGAACGUGACAGACUUCGGGAAAGGGAUCCUCCCUCCUCCUAACUUUGCAGAGUUUGGGAAGAAGAUGCCUUUUGACACACAAUCAUUUAUGUACUUGAAUAUUUUAAUAAAUAUCUGAGUGUGGAUAUUUAUUUCUCUAUAUAUAUACUUAGAAGGGACCUAAAAAUAAGAUGUCUUGGCUUUUAUUGCUUCCCGGAGGGAAAAAAAAUAGUUCUUCUUUGUGAGCUUCUUUGUUGCUGUGUAGCUAUGAAAGUCAAAUUGUCCUUUCAGUCUGUCUCAUGAUCACAAUCCAACUUGCCACCUCAUACUAUCCUGUGUUUGUUCCAUUUGCUAAAAUCGAUUAAGUAUAUAUUUUUCUUUGUUAGAAAAUUCUAUGUCUUUGUAUUGCCUCAAAAUUGAUCGAACAGAUAAUCAACCAGGAAACUUAAAAUUUACAUUUAUCUAAUGUAUAUAAAAAGGUGUGCUAUAGCCUUUAUGUAUUUGAUACUAAUAAAUGGUGAUUUUUAUAUUGA